UCCCGAGUUCUGGGAUUAAAGGUGGGCGCCACUGCUGCCCAACCCUCCCCCUGUUGUUUUGAUUAGCUGCAUUUUGUGGUGUAGUCUUCUUUUACUCAAGGUAUUGGUUAUUUGGGUCUUCUCGGUCUUUUAGUAGGGCCACGGAGAUGACUCUGGAUAAGGAUGCUUGCUGCCACACCUGAUAACCUGUGAGAACUGACUCCUUCACGUUAUCCUCUGACCGCCACACAUGUACCCAAAUAGAUAAAUGUGCUAAAAACUUGGUGGUGUAUUUAAAAUCUAGGAUAUGUUUCAGGGCUAGGAUCUGGUUUUACUUUAUUGGCAAGCUGUCCUGUUAGACGGUUUACUGUUUCAGGAUGCUGGUCUUCCUGUGCACAGGUAAGUAGUCAGUGUGAAACAGCUUCUGUCAGUCACGGCGAUAGCACUGCUUUCCAUGGUGGAUGGAGGCAUGCAGAGGGCCCGCUGGAAAGGCUGAGACUUUGAAAGCAUCGUUAGCUGGACAGAGUUUGAAGUCAGGCAGCCUGUUGGCCCCUGCAUCUCCGUUAUGUCUUCACUGGACAAGUUGAUAACCCCUUUAAAGCUGGUCAUUGUGGUGCAUCCUGUGAGUGUGGAGGACCCAAGCUUCCAAGUUCAGUAGCCUGAGACUGUAGGAGGCCCUCUAGGAUCCUGGAGAGUAAAGAGAAUGGGAAAAAAAUACAGACGAGGGGAGAAAGUGCUUCUUGGGUGACUGUUGAGUAUCUUGGCUGUGUGAUAAAUUUUCCCAGUGCACCACAGCUUAGAACAACAUAGCAGUUUCUCACUCAGAUUCUGGGGUUGCGGGGGGAGGAACCUAGAGAUGGCUUAGCUCCAAGGUUCUGGUUCAGAUACUCUCACAGGACUGCACUUUCUGAUGGCCCGUCUGCAGCUGAAGGAUCAGUUUCGGAGCUAGCUCAUGCAUCUCCUGUUUCUCACCACUGGUAGGCGUCCCCCCUAGGCAGUGGGUAUUUUCACAUUAAAGUAGCUGCUUCCCUCACAGUGAGUGACACAGCGAGGCAGAAAAAACAUGGCAUUAUCCACAGUCCAACUUCGGAAGUGAGGCGGUAGCUCAUUGACCCCACAGCGCAGCUGUGACGUAAUGGAGAGGCCACACGCAAGCCUCAUAAUCAGUGGAAUUACUGGAACCAUCUUUUUUGUUUUUGAGACAGGGUCUCAUGUAGUCCAGGCUAGCCCUAAAUGCUGGGAUUACAGGUGAACACCACCAUGCCCAGCUCUCUGGGAACCGUCCUCAAAGUGGCUCCCCUGGUGACCUCCCCGCCUUCCUUCUCUGAAGACAUUCUAGUGAGGCUGCUGAAGGCCAGGCUUGGAGAGGCAGCUGGAGAUUCGGUUUGUGAAUACUGGAAAUGUGUUGAGGAACUACCUAGAGGACUUUAGUGAGGGGGCUGCGGGGAGCACUGCUCUGGCAGAGGACUCAGGUUCAGUUCCCAGCACCCAUGUGGGGCAGCUCACAACCUUCUAUAACUCUGGCUUCAGGGGCUCUGACUCUCGGCCUCCAUGGGCACCUGCACUCAUACAUAUAUCCAUUCCCCCCACCACGCGCCUAAUUAAAAACAAACAUUUUAAAAAUAAUUUGAGUUAGACCCAAUAAUAGUGUUUAUUCCCUCAACACUGAAGAGUAUAGUGGGAACAUGGAUCUGUUUGGAGAUAUAAAUGACAUUUCUUCGGAGAGUGAUGUGGACCAGCAAACACCUGUCCCAAGACGGCCUGAGGGCGGCCGCAGAGUGCCUCAGAACCAGCAUGUGGAACGGCAUAUUUCUGAAACCAGAAUAAAAAUAGAAAUUCCCAGCAUCAACUCUGACUUAGGGAAUGAAUUGUAUUUUGUUAAACUACCUAGAUUCCUCAGGAUAGAACCCAAACCUUUCGAUCCUCAGCUGUAUGAAGAUGAACUUGAAGAUGAGAAAGUGCUUUAUGAGGAAGACAAAACUAGUUUGAAAUUAAAGGUGGAAAAUACUAUCCGCUGGAGGGUAGGCCGGGAUGAAGAAGGAUAUAGAGUUAAAGAGAGCAACGCUCGGAUAGUCAAGUGGUCUGAUGGAAGCAUGUCCCUGCAUUUAGGCAGUGAAGUGUUUGAUAUCUACAAAGCCCCACUGCAAGACAACCACAACCAACUGUUUAUACGGGAAGACACUGGUCUCCGCGGACAAGCCAUCUUUAAGUCCAGGCUUACCUUUAGACCUCACUGUACAGACAGUGCUACAUAUAAAAAGAUGACCCUGUCAUCUGGGAGCAGAAGUUCAAAGACACAGAUUAGAAUCUUACCGAUGGCUGGUCGUGACCCUGAGUGGCCACGCACAGAUUUGAUUCAGAAAAAAGAACGCUUGAGGGUGUCCACUCAACGGAACUUCCGCUCGAAGAGGAAGAACCAGCCAGCUCCAAGUUCCACCAUCCAGCAGCCUGACGGUGAUGAGAAGGAGGAGAAGGAAGGAGAAGAGGAGGAAGACAAGGCCUCCAGACUAGUUACCAUUAGAAACCAUUACCGAGGAGCAGUCCACAAGGAACAAGCCCUGUCUUCCUCAGAUGGCGAUGACGAUGAAGGAUCUAAAGAUAAGGCCGGAAGAUUACUUAAAGCAAAGAAACGCAAGAUGAACCCUCCAGAAAGAGACCAAGGGUUGAAGAGGAAGAAUGAAGUGUGA